AUGCUGCUCGCACAAACCACUUCCAUCGUGACCCAAGCGCCAUUGCUCAUUGUGAUGGGGGCACUGCUCAUUGGUUCGGCGAUCGCGUCCGCUUCGGAAACAGCUCUGCUAGGUCUUUCACGCUCAAAGCGUGCUGUGCUUCGUGCUGAGCACUCGGGAUUGGGGCUAAUGGUCGAUCGGUUGCUGCUCAACCCCAGACAACUGCUGCUGCAGGUAUUGCUGCUCAACAUGGUGAUCAAUGUUGGAUAUUUCAUCACCACUUCGAUCGUCACGCUCAACGCUGAGUCCACAAGCACGCGGAUCAUCAUUUCCGUCGCUUCGCUGUUUGCGAUCAUUCUUGUUGGUGAGGUCUUCGCGAAGCUCUUUGCGGUUGCAUCCCCAACACUGUGCCUGCGGAUUGUGGCGCCGUUGCAUCUCAUCCUGAAACAGCCGCUGCGUCCGUUGAUUACGAUUCUUGAGCGGUACUUCAUCCUCCCAGGGACGCGAUUGCUUGUCCCUGGACCUCCGCCACCUCCAGGAAUCACGGCUCAAGAAAUGUCGGCGCUACUCGAAAUGGGGACCAAUGAAGGGGUGAUUGAUCAGUCUGAGCAAGAUUUGCUCUCAGCGAUCAUCAUGCUCUCCCAGCGCCGAGUCGAAGAGAUCAUGCGGCCACGCGUGGAGUUUACUUGGAUCGAUGCCGACGCAUCACGCGACGAGGUCAUCGAGGCGUGUUCACAAUCAAGCGCUACCCGAUUUCCUGUCUUCGAAGGCGGUCUCGACGGUACACCGAUCGGCAUGACGGAUGCGAAGCGUGUGCUUGCGGGUGCUGAUAUUCGUGACACGCUGUCGCCGUUACUGUUUAUUCCAGAACAAGCAACGCUUGAUACGCUGCUCACGCAACUGCGUGACAACGCGCAGACGAUCGCUCUCGCUGUCGACGAGCACGGCACGGUGGUCGGACUCGUCGCGCUUGCGGAUAUCGCGGAUCAACUGCUCUCAGGAAUCGCCGACGCGCCAACUACUGAAGCGCAAGAGAUCCAGAUGAUCGGUCCGGGGACUUGGUCCGUGCCGGGUCGACUGGCCGUUCAUGAAUGGUCAACGCUGUUCAGCGGUUUGGGUACUACAGAGACCCUCACCCAUUCCACGACACGCACGACUGCGAAAACUCUCGCUGGAUUGAUCAUGCACGCGCUUGCACGCGUCCCGAAGGUGGGUGACCAGAUCAAUCUCGGAACUGCAACGCUGACGGUGCUCUCGAUGAACGACCUCGUCGUCGAGACUGUUGAGGUCAAGCUGAAGCUGGAUGAUAAUGACGAGGAUUCACUACGGGGGGUCGGGUUGUACGCCGUCUCUCGUGUGUUUGUGCGUGUUCGAUCGAUUGAUCAGCCCCGCGCUCAGCUGCUCCAUCAACAGCUCGAGAAACCUGCGCCAUUGCUCACAACACUGCUCGUGUACAACAACGCGUUCAACUACCUCGCGACGCUCGCCAUCACGGCUCUGCUCUCAACAACCAACCUCUCCGAGACCCUGAUCAUCGUGAUCCAAGCGAUCGUGCUCACUCCGAUCCUGCUGAUCUUCGCGGAAUCGAUCCCCAAGGAACUCUUCCGAUCCCGCGCCAAUCAGCUCAUGGAACGGCUCGCUCGCGUGCUCGCGUUCAUGAAGCUCUCGCUCACGCUGAUCCCGGUCACGCCGAUCAUCACAUACAUUGCCAACGUGUUAUCCAAACUGAUCGGAUCCGAUCUGACGGGAUCGGUCCGCUCGGCGCGACAUCACAUGGCGGAUCUGAUCAAACAUGCAGAUGAACAAAUCACGCAGUCGCAGACCGAGAUGAUCGAUCGGGCGCUACAACUCAAUCAGACUCCGAUCCGCAUUAAUGCGGUCCCAUUGGCGCGAGUGAUCCGGCUGAGUGCCACUUCAACUCCUGACGAAGCAUUGAAUCAGGUCCGCAAGACCAAUCACAGCCGAUACCCGAUUCAUGACUCGGAUGGAAUGAUCAUCGGAUGCGUAAAGACUAUUGAUUUGUACACAACCAAUGAAUCAACGAUCGAGUCGCUCGUUCAACCAAUUGCUCGUCUCAAUGCGGAACUCCCUAUGCGACAAGCGCUGACGAAGAUGCGAGCCGCCAAUGCGCAACUCGCGGUCGUCACUCGAUCGGGUCAGGAUGCAGGGAUUCUGACUCGGAAGGACUUGUUAUCUCCGUUGAUCGCGACCACCCAUGAUUGGUAG